AUGUACCUUGUACUAGAGGCGACUAAUUUCAAUGGCAUCAACAGCAAUAGAAGCGGCUAUCGUGGGGGUCGCAGUGGACGUCGUGGCGGCCAUGGAGGAGGGCGAUAUGGCGGUCGUCUAAAUAAUGGAGGCAUCGGAGGCUCCUCUUCUCAGCUUUUGGCUCACAUCAUUUCCUUAUUGAGUGUAGAGUUCUCUAUGACAAAUCUUGGGGAUCUUCACUUUUUUCUAGGUAUCUCAGCCACUCGAUCGGUUGACGGUUUGUUUCUGUCUCAACACAAAUAUGCCACUAAGAUUCUUGAACGGGCUUCUAUGACCAACUACAAACUAACAUCAACUCCAUCCGACUUGCCUGCCAAGUUUGAUGCCACUAGUCCUCCUGUUGCUGACCCCACCUUAUAUCGCAGUCUGGCUGGUGCAUUACAGUAUCUUAUAUUCACUCGCCCAGAUAUUACCUACGUUGUUCAACAGAUAUGUUUAUACAUGCAUGACUCGCACGAGCCCCAUUUCACUGCUCGCAGGCGUAUCUUGCGAUAUAUUCGAGGUACCACUUCCCAUGGUCUUCACUUAUAUGCCUGCCCUAUUCGUACCCUCACUGCCUACUCUAGUGCUGACUGGGUUGGAUGCCCUGUUACCCAAUGCUCUACAUCUGGUUAUUGUGUCUUUUUAGGACACAAUCUUCUAUCGUGGUCCUCCAAACGUCAAAAUACGACUUCCCGGUCCAGUGUCGAAGCCGAAUACAUGGGUGUUGCAAAUGGUGUGGCUGAAACAUGUUGGAUUCAUAAUCUUCUUCUCGAGCUUCACUAUAUGCCUGCCAAAGCUACUAUUGUUUACUGUGAUAACGUUAGUGUUGUGUAUAUGUCAUCCAACCCGGUCCAUCAUCAAUGUACAAAGCAUAUGGAGAUUGAUUUGCACUUUGUCUGA